AUGGUGGCGUCCGUCGAGGAGCUCGUGCAGGUGCUUCAGGCGACGCUAUCGCCCGACGUGGCCACCCGCGAGCAGGCUGAGGCGUACCUGAAGCAGCACGACUACGCCAAGGGGUACAUCGUCGGCCUCAUGCAGGUCGCCUCCGCCCCUCAGGCGGACCUCGGCAUCCGUCAGGCGGCGGCGAUCCACCUGAAGAACAUCUCGGCCAAGGGGUGGGAGCCCAGAAAGGAGGAGAGCGCCAGGCUGCACGACGAGGACAAGGCCACCAUCCGCGCCAACAUCCUCGAGUCGUUCAUUCAAUCGCCCGAGCUCAUCCGCAGCCAGCUCACUGAGGUCAUGCGCGUCGCGGUGCAACACGACUUUCCCGAGCGAUGGCCCGACCUCCUGCCCACGCUCAUGGGUCACCUAGGCACCGACGACAUCGCGCGCGUGUACGGCGCCGUGCAGGUCAUCCAGGUCAUCUGCCGCAAGUACGAAUUCAAAGACAAGGACGAGAGGGAGGUUCUCGCCCCCGUCAUCGAGAAUGCCUUCCCGAGGUUGCUCCAGAUGCUCCAGUCGCUCAUCGCCAACGAGGCGCAGAGGCGGGACAAGACGCUGGCCACGUUGGUGAAGCUCAUACUGAAGACGUACUGGAACGCCACCUACCUGGAUCUCCCACCCGCGUUGAUGCGCGCGGACGUGUUCGGCGCGUGGAUCACGUGUUUCCACCAGAUCAUCGGCAUGCAGGUGCCCGCCGAGGGACAGCCGAGCGACAGGACCGAGCGAAAGAACUUCCCGUGGUGGAAGGCGAAGAAAUGGAGCCUGCACAUCGCCAACCGUCUGUUCAGCAGGUACGGCAACCCCAAGCAGGUCAAGCCCGAGUACAAGGAGUUCGCCAAGACGUUCAAGGAGCAGGUAUCGUGCGUGUUCCUCCAGUCGUACAUGCAGCUGCUGGCCACGCUUUCCGGCGGUGGCUACCUGCCGGACCGAAUCAUAAACCUGGCCCUCCAGUACCUCACGACCGCGCUGUCGCACGGCAACACGUACAAGCUCAUGAAGCCCCACAUGGAGACCCUCAUGUUCAACGUGGUUUUUCAAAUCGUGUGUUUUAACCAGGUGGACGCCGAGCUGUGGGAGGAGGACCCGCAGGAGUACAUCCGCCGGGGUAACGACAUCAUCGAGGAGAUGUACUCGCCCCGAGCCGCCGCCGUCAACUUUCUCGUGGAGGUUUGCAGGUGCCGCACAAAGGAGAACAUGCCCAAGCUCAUGGGGUUCAUCGUGCAGAUAUUCACCCGGUGCAACGAGUUGGGCGCCAACGCACCGCACCCCGAGCUCGCCGGUGCGCUCCACUGCAUCGGGUCGCUCCAGGAGAAGCUCAAGACCACCCCGGGGUACAUGGAACAGCUCGAGCCCAUGCUCACGGCGCACGUGCUCCCCUCCUUCCAGUCCCCGCACGGUCACGUCAGGGCCAAGGCUGCGUGGUGCGCGGGUGUGUACGCCGAAAUCGAGUUUGCGAACCCGCAGAAUUUCAUGGCGCUCUUCGCGGGUGUGGUGAACUGCCUCAAGGAUCCUGACCUGCCGGUGAAGGUUGACGCCAUCGUGUCGCUCGGGUCUUUCGUGGAGACGGCGGAUGACAUCUCCCAGAUUCGGCCCAUCCUGCCCCAGCUCCUGGACGAGUUCUUCGCGCUGAUGAACGAGGUCGAGUCGGAAGAGAUGGUGUUCACCCUGGAGACGAUCGUGGAGAAGUUCGGCGAGGAGAUUGCACCGUACGCCAUGGGCAUGACCCAGAACCUGGUUGCCGCGUUUUGGAAACUGAACGGGUCGCAAGACCAGACUGACGAAGACGACUUCACCGGCGCGCUCGCUUCCGUGGGGUGCCUACGCGCGAUAGCCACCAUCCUCGAAUCCCUCUCCGCGCUGCCCCACAUGUACGCGCAGCUCGAGCCGGCGCUGAUGCCCAUCAUGAGGAAGAUGCUCGGCGCCGACGGAUACGACGUGUACGAGGAGGUUUUGGAGAUUUUGUCUUACAUGACGUACUACGCCCCCGCCGUGUCCCCGGCGAUGUGGGAGCUGUGGCCCGUGCUCAUCAGCGCGCUCGACGGCGAGUACGGCGUGCAGUACUUCGAGAACAUCCUGGUUCCGAUGGACAACUACAUCUCGCGCGGCACCGAAACGUUCCUGGCGCACCCCACCUGCAAAGGCGACUGCCUCAGGGUCGCAUCCGGCGUGCUCCUGAAUAACGACAUCCCCGAGCCGGAGAUGCUCCCCGCGCCCAAGCUGCUCGAGUGCGUCCUCCAGAACUGCAAGGGUCGGGUGGACGAUUGCGUGGCUCCUUAUCUGGCUGUCGCGCUGGAGAGGCUCAAGACGUGCGAGCUGACCUACCUGAAGGACCUUCUCAUCCAGAUCGUGGCCAACUGCCUGUGGUACAACGCGGCGCUGACCCUGGAUAUACUGGUCAAGAACGGCGCCCUGGGAACCGCGCUGCAGACCUGGUUCGGCAUGCUCGGCGAUCGAACCAGAAAAGGUGGAAACAAGCGCAAGCACCACAGGAGGGAGCACGACAAGAAGGUUUGCAUCCUCGGGCUGGUGGCGUUGAUCCAAACCCCGGCGCAGUCCCUCCCCGCCGAGGUUGCCGCGGGUAUGGGCCAGAUUUGCGCGGCUGUCGUGAGUUUGCUGGUGGACCUGAGGGAGCAGGAGAAGGAGAGGAAGGAGUUCGAGGCCAAGCACCCGGGAGGUUUUUACGGUUGGGGCUCCGACGAAGAGGACUUCGGGGGCGACGAGGACCUGGGCGACGACGACGAGGAGGAGGAGGAGCUCGACCACGCGGAGCUGGAGGCGAUGGCGAAGCGGGCCACGGCGGUGAACCCGUACAGGAGGAGGACCGGGGAUGAGGACGACGACGACGACGACGAGGACUUCGACGACGGUAUGCUGACCGACGACGAGAACUUCACGUCGCCGAUCGACGACGUCGACCCGUUCAUUCUCUUCGCCGAGACGGUCCAGGUGACGCAGUCGACGGAUGUUCAGAGGUUCCAGGCGCUCGCGGGUGGGUUGGACGCGGCGGGUCAGCAGACUCUGCAGGAGCUGGUGGCGUACGCGCCGACGCGGAGGGAGGAGCUCGCCAAGAAGAAGGCGGAGGAGGAGGCGAAGAAGGCGGAGGCGCAGGCCAAGGCUGGGCCGGGCGCGAUCCCUGUCCAGAGAGCCGGCCACGACGCCCACCACUAA